AUGCAGGCUAUUCGUCAUCAUGAGCAAGACGAUGGGAGCGUGACUCGGGAAUCCCCCUCUCAAUCGGACUCUGAAGUCCGAGACGGCAUUGAGGUUCUCCACGAUCUCGAGCUCGGCGGUAGCAGGCACGAUGACGACGAGAAGGCGAAGGCUGAAGGUGAUGAGACGUCUCAGGAUCCUAAUCUCGUUGCGUGGAAGGAGCCCUUCGACUCGGAGAACCCAAAGCAGUGGUCUAGACGAAGGAAGUGGGCAGUCGUCUUCUGUGUGUCAUGUUUUACGUUCCUCUCCCCCGUGACCUCGUCCAUGGUAGCCCCGGCGCUUACGGAUAUCGGCCGAGAUCUGAACAUUCCCGGCUCUCUUGAACAAGCGUUGACCAUGUCCAUUUUCGUGCUGGCCUAUGCCGUCGGGCCACUACUUUUUGGGCCCCUCUCGGAAGUGUAUGGCCGCAUCAUCAUACUACAGCUCGCCAAUGUGAUCUUCGUCGCCUUCAACCUGGGUUGCGGGCUCUGCCGCACAAAAGCCCAGAUGAUAGCUUUCCGCUUUCUGGCCGGCAUGGGGGGCUCCGCACCCUUGGCCAUCGGAGGCGGGGUUCUGGGCGACCUAUUCACGCCGGAGGAGCGCGGCCGCGCCAUGAGCAUCUACACGCUCACGCCAUUACUCGGACCGGCUGUAGGUCCGAUCGCGGGAGGAUUCAUCGCGCAGGAAACGACGUGGCGCUGGAUCUUCCACAGCACGACCAUGCUCGGCGCCGCGAUCCAAGUUGCGGGGUACUUCGUCCUGCAGGAGACGUACGCCCCCGUGCUGCUCGCCCGUCGUAGGGAUCGGCUGGUCCGCGAGACAGGCAAUGCAGCGCUGCGCACUGAAUUCGACGGCCCGGAGGAGGUCCGCACGGUGAUGGUGGUAGCAACAGCCCUGACGCGGCCUUUCCGGCUCCUGGCCACCCAACCGAUUGUCCAGCUUCUCUCGCUCUAUAUGAUGUACCUGUACGGCCUCAUGUACCUCGUCCUCUCGAAUUUCCCGGCGCUCUGGACCGGCGUCUACGGCCAACCUGUCGGGCUGGCAGGGCUCCACUACAUCGCCUUGGGCGUGGGCCUCUUCCUGGGCGCACAGCUGACGGCCCCAGCGCAGGAUCGGGUCUACGCGGCUCUCAAACGACGGCACGGCGGGGUGGGACGGCCGGAGUUCCGGGCGCCGACCAUGGCGCCGGGGGCGGUGCUGGUACCGGUGGGCCUGCUGGUGUACGGGUGGACGGCGCAGGCGCGGACGCACUGGGCCGGGCCGGAUGUCGGGGCCGGGGUGUUCGCGGCGGGGUUGGUGGUGGGGUUCCAGUGCGUGCAGGGGUUUCUGGUGGACGCGUACCCGCGGUACGCGGCCAGCGCGGUCGGGGCGGCGACGGUGCUGCGCAGCUUGGCCGGGUUCGGGUUCCCGCUCUUCGCGCCGUCUAUGUACGACCGGCUUGGGUACGGGUGGGGGAACACGGUGCUUGCUUUGGUGGGCGUUGUCAUCGGGUGGCCUGGGCCGGCACUGCUGUGGUGGUAUGGCGAGGCUUUGAGGAAGAGGAGUCCAUUUGCUGCUGGGGGCGGGGCUGGGGGUUGA